CCCGCCUUUUGCGCUCGUCGGAAACAUAAGUGAUGGUUGGGAAUUCAUAUCUAGAUCAGAAGUGUUGAAAAGAUAGCUGCUGCUGGUCGGGAAAAAUCAAACUUAUAAUGCUGUCCCCGCAGGGGCACGGCCGUGGGCAGCGCUACAACUUUCGCGUGCGGCGGAAAGAUGUUGAUUACCUGCGCGCUCAUCUUUCGUGUGGAGCCGGCGGAACAAAAGCGGCACGUCGUCCUCUCCACGUUUCUUCGAGCCUCAGUAGUUGUGCUCUGGCCCGGUGUUUGCUUUUUGUUCUCUUACAGUUAUUCAUCUCGUGUACCACGACACCUGUUUCAGCCCUAAUUGAGCCGGUUUCUUUUCCGGCCGAGGGUGUGCAGGACUACUGGACCUUGCUGCUUUAUGACGUGGGGCUGCACGCGGGAGCGAAAAUUCGCAUAAAGUUGUAUCCUGUGUAAAAACGACGUCCACACCCCACCGCCAAGUUGGGAAGUCUGCAACAAGAAAUCUAGAAGUUUUGGGAGUCUUCACGCAUGAAAAGUUCUUUCUCUCGGUAUUGUAGUUGUACAGGUUAGAAGCUGCAAGGACACCCGCAUCGCGUCGAAUCGGUCUCCGUAGCCUGCUUCCAGCAUUGCAAACGCGAACACACGAUCGAAGUAGGCUUCUCUUAUGGGGAUGCGCAUUUUUAGAAGCAUUCCUGUAAUUGCAAAUCUGCAUGACAACUCUGGGAUGGGGACGUUUACGUUUUUGAACAGGAUAAGCUGGAGUCCGAGAACAGCCUGAACAGCGAGGACGCAGAAAGUAGCAACUGCUACUUGCUACUCGUGACCCACGAGCAGUGGUCGAAGUGGAACAAUGAAAGCAACGAGCCUUUUAUCCAAGAAAAAAACUGUGUUAGUGUAACUUUGUGUUGCAGAAAAUGCAAAACUGUUACUCUUGUCAUGCUGGACAUGCAUCAGAGGCAACUUUCGUACGUGUUUCCACGUUCUAGCUGCGCAUGACAGGUUUUCUGUGUCAUGCAGAGCAAACUUGUGAUGCUAUUCCUCCAAGAGACUUACACUCACACACUUUUUUUCCUGCACACGUUUCUCCCUGCCCGAGGGACAACUGAAUUCAUACCUGCAGACCACCUGGCGCAAGCCGCUGAAGUUGAGUAGCCGGACAAACAAGGACCCAUCGAUCGCCAUCAAAAACGAGUUUCUUUUCCACCUCCCGAAGACCGCGGGGCGCGGGAGUAGGCUACAGGCAAACCGGUACCAUUUGGGGAUUCUCAACCCGGACAAGAAAAUCUUGAAGCUCAAGCAUCAAAAGGAAAAAUCCCCCCUCCCUACUUAUAUCGAAAAGGAAAUCUGUGAUGCUGGAUUUGCGUACACAAAUCAGAUUUGUCUUGCAGUAGAGGACUGCACGCAGAUCGCCCGCCUAGUUAGGGGCCUUUUGGUGUAGGCGCCUAGCAUGGUGGACGGCUGUCCUGUAAUCCUGACAGCAUUACAAAUCACCCGCAUAGAGUGGCGAAGAGCCUGGAUUUGCCUCCUCGCAAGACAGACAGGAUUUGUGGCCACAAAUCUGCAUAACAAAUUUUCGGAGGCAUACCUUUUCGAUGUGGGGAGGGGGGAUUUUUCCUCUCAAUAUCAAGGGCUACGUAGAGAUGCGCAAUCCGGUCACUGUGCCAGCAGCGGAAAAUAUCCAAGAACAAAACACUGCACGGUGUAACUUUUUUGGAGGAACAGCCUUGCAAAUUUGCCUGGCAUGACAGCAAAAACCUGGAAUGCGCAGAUACCAUAGUACGUGAAAACGCCCUUUAAUGGACCCUGCGAUGCAUGCUAAGCAUGACAGAGACAGACGCAAUCAUCUUGCAUGUGGAGCAUCACGAAUUUACACUAGCAACGUUUUUUUCUUGGAUAGAAAAGGCUCUACUUGCCGGUCGGGAGAUGAAAUUAUCGCUGGUGUCCUCUUCUCGUCCCGCUUACAGUCUUGUUGAUGACCCGUCAAGUACAUCAACAUCCUCUCAAGGCACGAGCACGACGGCCGCGGGGCUCUUCGGUACUACACCGCUCGUCGUCGCGAGGGAGAUGACAAAGAACAGGAACAACCCCACGUAUGAACUGCAAAAGUAUCGUACUCGUAUAAAUGCAUUGCAAAUUUUCUCAGCAUGAGAAAUAAAAUUUGUAAUGCUGAUUUGCGUUGACAAAGAAAGUUGUAAUGCAAGACCUGCAUUUAUACGAGUACGAUACUUUUGCACAGGAUACCACGGGCGCGCUGACCAUCCAGCAGGAGCUGCUAUGAAAGUGAAAAAAGCCCCCACCUCAUAUUCAAAAGACAAUUCCUGUUGCUGGAUUUGUGUACACAAAUGAACUUUGUAUUGCCGCAAGAGCUCCUUGGCGGCAUACUUAUUCUAAGACCAUUUGGAGGGUACAACUCUUCCGGCUACCAGCUGAGCACGAGAAACAAGUCCGACGUAGGCGAACACGCAUGACAGACUCGCUGCACAAUGCGCCACAUGGAGGCCGUUUGCCUGUACGCAAGACAAAGCAGAUUUGUGGUCACAAAUCAGCAACACAAAUUUGCUUUUUGAUAUGGGGAGGGGAGAUUUUUCCUCACAAUAGUUGCUGCCCAAGGUGUUCCAGACCUGGCAGUACGUAAACGCGUGCACGGGGCUGUUCUAUAACACGCUCAGGUGUUACUAGAAUGUCAAACGUUACAAUAGCGUCUGGAACUUGUCUUGCAUGAUAAGCAUGACAGAAUCGUAGAGCAUUCCAAAUUGUGCAAUACAAAUUUCCACAGAUGCUUCUAGUGCGGUUUGGUUUCUCCGAAACUUGUCAUGCGCAAUCCUGCGGGACGAGUCGGAGUAGGCCUCCAGAUGUUGCGCAUUUAUAUAUUGCAACACAAAUUCAGAUUCUAUGGUAACCGAUUUGAGAUUGUAACACCUGAGCUGGUUAUAUGUUCCUUUUCCUUCUUAUGGGGGCGUCAGGAUUGAAAUCGUCAGAGUUGAAAUAGUUUGCCAUGCAUAAAAUGCAGCCCACAAAGUGCCUGUCUUGCAGAGUAGGCAAGUGAGGCAGAUUGUAAGCCUGUUGAGGGGUAGAAACUGAGCUGCUAAAGCAGCAUGACAAAAGACGUCUUCCUUACCCAAACAGCAUGAGAGACUGGAUUUCGGGGCUACCCAAAUUUGUCAUGCGCCACUUGGAAACUGGGCUCCAACUGGCAUCCGUUUUAUGCAUCACAAAUUAUUUCAACUUUGACGAUUUCAAUCCUGACACUACCAUACUUCUUUUCAGCACGAAGUGGCGGUUUUCGGACCAGUAUCCUGUGCAAAAGCAUCGCACUCGUAGUAAUUGCGUUUAUGCAUUACAAAUUUCUUUCUCAAGGCAAAUCAGCAUUACAAACUGAAUUUGUAAUGCUGGGGGAAUUUGUAAUGCAAUUUCUACUACUACGAUACAGUACUUUUGCAGUUCAUAACCAGCUGAUCCGAAAUGAUCAGAGCGGUCUAUCCGGUGCAAAAGUAUCGUACUCGUAUUGCAAUCAUGCAUUACAAAUCCUUUUGCUACGGUAAAUCUGCAUUACAAACGGACAAAAAUCUAUGGAGAAACAUCAUCAGCGGCAUUAGUUACGGCACAGCAAGAUCAUCAUCAUCAUCUUCUUUUUCUUCUACAUCCUCUACAUCUCUAUUUCCAGCUCGAAAUACUACUACUACUACUACUACAACAUCAUCUUCAUCUUCCUCCUCAGCAGCGAUGUCGUUUCAAUCAACAACAGCAAGUGAUAGAAUACCGAUCCAGGCUUUAAUGAGACUACAAGGUCGCAAAAGGAUAUUCUAAGGCGACAGCGCCGAGCAGAAUAAAUUCAUCAAAUCUGCAUUACAAAUUUUAUUUCUCAUGCUGAGGAGAUUUGUGAUGCAUUUAUACGAGUACGAUACUUUUGCAGGUCAUACGCUCUGCAAAACGACGAAAGUAUCCCAGAAUACCGCCGCGCGCAGUACCUGCUGUACCGCUUUCGGGGAAACAUCCCCCGAGGCUACCUGCACCUCGUGCUGACAACCGCGUUUUUUUACAAGGCCUUCUCGAACUACCUCAACGUGGUUCACUACGAAUACUUGGAGCAAGACUUUGUGAAGACGCAGGCGGUAUGCAUUGCAAAUAUGUCUGGGUCCGGAAUAAACCUGUGAUACUGCGCUGCGCAUAAUUGAAGCGCUUCCGCUUGCAAUGGUAGCCAAGCAUGACAUGUUUUUCAGACGCCUUUUUAAUGUCUAGCACGCAUUAGCAUUACAAAUCGCGUUUUUGCAUGACAUAGGAAGCUCCUCUUCCGCUGCGCAUGCAACACAAAUUUUCCAGGAAUGCAAGACACGCAUUACAGGUUCCACUUUUUCAGACCCAGACAUCUUUGCAUUUGAUAGGCGGAGCUGGCCCGAGACCAGGAGCGCGACAGUGCGGACGGACGCAUCCCGCUGUAUCAACUGUAAAAAUGUCUGGGUCUGGAGGAAUUCAUAUUUGUCAUGCUUGUCUGGCAUGACUCUUAAAUCUGUCAUGCACGAAACCCAAGAGCUCCGUUAUUCUGUGAUGCAGAAGCGCAGUUUGUCAUGCAGAAUAGGCAACACCUAGAAGGAGCUCAGAAACUUGUCAUGCUGAGCCAGCAUCUGUAGCCUCAUCAUGAGACGCCACCCAGCAUCACAAGUUUCCAGACAUCCAGGGAUUUUUACAUUUGGUACACUGGUGCACUUGACAUCCAAGGACGAACGAAAAGCCGCAAGCACUUCUUAUGCAAGAAAAAAACUGUGUAAGUGUAAGUCUGUGAUGCAAAAAAUGCAAAACAGGUACACUUGUCAUGCCAGACACCCAUGAAGUCCUCUUUUCAUGUGUGUUUUCACGUACUAGCAUUGCAUGACAGGCUUUCUCUCUCGUGCAGAGCAAAUUUGUAAUGCUGGCACUCCAAGAGACCUACACUAACACAGUUUUUUCCCUGGAUACUUCUACUUUUUCAUCUAAGCCUGAAGCAGACUAUAGCAAUGCCCCGGAUGAACAUAGUUCCAACAUCGCACUCCAGAUUUCCGAAACCGCGGUAUUGUUCCAGAAAUUUCUCUUCGACUUUGUCCCCAAACUGUUUGAAAAGAUCGAGACGAUUGUGGAACUCGAGAUUUUGUUGUUGUUAUCGCAAGAAAAAACUGCUUCACUGUGAACUUGUGAUGCAGAAAAUGGAAUGCAGAACGAUUUGCCUUGCUACACCUGCAUAGAACAACACUGGAGUUUCAACCCGCGCAUGGCAAGUUUUCUUUGUCAUGUAGAACGAACUUGUGAUGCGAAACUCGCAAAAUCGUUACAGUGAAAGAACACUUUUUUCUCACGAUAGUUGUUUGCCCUGGGUUGGAAGAUUCUGCGGCGACGGCUGAAUAUGACAGAAAUUCGAUUUCUGCUCGGGAUCGGCGUAAUUAGUUUCUACCUGGCGAUUUUUGUAUCAAGUGUAAAAAUGUCUGGCUCUGGAAGAAUGCAAGAUUUGCCAUGCAUAUUUUGCAUAACCCAUGAUGCCUGUAAUGCAUGACCGAGCAUCACAGAUUUUUAAAGGGCCUCCUGAUGCGUAUUCCGCAUGAGAAACGCCCAGUCCGCGUAGCACAAACUGCACUCCUCUUGCUGGUCAUGCAAUACAGAUUUUUUUUACCUUCCAAAGACAGCAUCACAAGUUGCAAUGUUCCAGACCCAGACAUUUUUGCAUAUUGAUACUUUGAGCUCACGUGCCAAACCACGAGCACCCUAUCCACUGCAGAAGUAUCUGAUACUCGUAUAAAUGCAAGUUUGGCAUUACAAAUCUCGUUUCCGAGGCAAAUCAGCAUGACAAAUUGCAUUUCUACUCAUGCUGAGCGAGAAUGUAAUGUAAUCCAUACUAGUACGACACUUUUGCAGUUCAUACACCUGCUCGGGCUACAAGCUGUCGCGGGACAUUCUGCACAGCCUCGCUUUUUUGGUGAUCAUCGUGGCGGUAAACUUCAACCUGCACUCGCUGGGGAUUCUAUCAAAUGCAAAAAUGUCUGGGUCUGGAAAGCUGUGAUGCUGAGUUGUGCAUGAUUGAAGCGCGUUCAAAGGCAGCCAAGCAUGACAAGUUCUUCAGACGCCUGCUGAUGCCUAGCACGCAUUACAAAUUACGUUUUUGCAUGACAAAGGAAGCCCCUCUUUUGCUGCCCAUGCAACACAGAUUUUCCACGAAUGCAAGACACGCAUUACAAGUUCCACUUUUCCAGACCCAGACACUUUUGCAUUUGAUAGAUUCAAGUAAGCGACAACACGGUCACCUCCGUCCUCAACGCCUACGGGCCGGGCAACCCUGUCCCGGAGCUGCCGCGGUUGUAUAUGCAUUGCAAAAGUAUCGACUAGUGCUUGUAGUAAUCGCAUUACAAAUUAGCGCAGCAUGAUGACAAAUGGAAUUUCUCAUGCUGAUUCACCUUGGGAACGAGAUCUGUAAUGCAUGACUGCGAUCAGAAGUACGAGCGCGAUGCUUGCUUUUGCGCAGGAUAUUCCACCGAAAGCGGCAAAUGUACUGGCAGCUCCGGGUGAUUUUUCUGUACUACUAUCAGAAUGAAGAAUCCCCCCUCCCCAUAUCAAAACGAGUUUUCUGAUGCUGGAUUUGCGUACACAAAUCAGAUUUGUCUUGCUGGCGAGGACAGAAGACCCAUAAUAUCGAGCCUGAGGAGACAGGUUUUGGCCUUGGCGCUUUGCAUGACAGACGUCCACACUGUAGGCGCAAGAGCAUGACAAACCGCCCUUAGAACGCGGCGGAGCCUGUGGAAUUGGAAUUGCCUUCAUGCAACACAGAGACGAUCUGUGGUCACAAAUCAGCAACGCAAACUUUCGAAAACGUGCCUUGUCAAUUUGGGGAGACGGGAUUUUUCCUUUUGAUAACUACCUGCUACUGCCCACGGUGUUGCUGUUCCUCUCCAUCACAGUCAUCGGCGGGGGGACGUAUGACACCGGCGGCGUGAACAGCUCGGACUGGCAGAGCUACUGGAUUUACGUGGCCUUGAAGGAGUUCGGGUCUUGGCUGCUUCUGGCAAUGCUGGCGUACAGUUUUCGGCCGGACGGAUCAAAAUUCAUGAUUUUCUCGGAGGUGGUGAAUGAAGAGAAUAACGGCACGGCCGGCUUGAAUAGCGAAGACGAUUCGGAAGCGGGGGAGGAAUUCGAGCAACAAGAGGGAGUUCUAGAAACUGCGCCAGCAACAAAUAUAUGAAAUGCAAAAGCAUCGUACCAGUAUGAAUUGCAAUACAAAUUGGUAUUGGCUCAGCAUUACAAAUUGAAUUUGUAAUGCGGAUUUGCCCUGACAAAAAAAUUUGUAAUGCAUAAACGCAAUUAGUACGAGUACGAUACUUUUGCACAGGAUAAAAUACAAAUACAGCCGUCGCAUCCAAUGGAGGACGAGACCACCACCAACCGGCAGGAGGGUCAUCUACUAUCGUGAAAAAAAAAGUGUUACAGUUACACACCCUAAUGGGGGACAAGCAAGACAGACUACCUCUGUCAUGCAGGAAAUGCUUGCCAGCCUCAUUUCAUUCGUGUUUUCCUUUAUAGUCUGCGAACCUUCACAGGUUUUUUUGGUUUUCUUAGCCAUGUCGAGCAAUUUACUUUGUGAUGCAGAAACUCCAACAACUGUGUAACUGUAACGCUUUUUU